ACCUUGUGCUUUUUGGCUUGGAAGAGAAUUUGUUGUGAGAUGUUUCAGGCUUGAUCCCGGUUCUGUUCUGAACUGCAUUCAAGAAAUGAUACAAGUUAAGAUUGCUUAAGACUGCUCAGAAAUGAUACAAGUUAAGAUUGCUUAAGACUGCUCAGAAAUGAUACAAGUUAAGAUUGCUUAAGACUGCUCAGAAAUGAUACAAGUUAAGAUAUAGUUGUUUUGAGGAAGGGACAAAAGUUCAAACUAGGUUGCUUGGUCAUUUUAAUCCACUGUUUAAACUUAUACCCAGGUUUCAAAACUCAGUUCAAAUGUAUGACCACAAGACAUAAUCAUUAAAGACGCUGUACACGUCGCUUCUGUCAGAUAAAUGAUCAGGAUGAUAGCACUGGUCCAGCUCGAUGUGGACAGACCGAAGCAGAAGCGAUGGAGGAAACAACGCCAGACCCUGAGUUUGUGGACGUGGACCAAGGCUUGACUCUGGCAUGUAUUGCCUUCCUCUGUCUGCUGCUGGUGGCCAUGAUCAUCCGCUGUGCUAAAGUCAUCAUGGACCCGUACAGCGCCAUCCCCACCUCCACCUGGGAGGAGCAGCAUCUAGAUGACUAGCACGAUUUGCAGACAAAUCUCUAUCCAGGAUGCAAGGUCAGGUUACAUGGACUUACUCCAAUACUGAAGCACACCAACUAGAGACAAGCUCUCUACAAGCUCUGAAACUACCUACAGCACCGAGACCAGGCAGAGCAACCCAACACUGCACAGAGCUGUUCCCAGAGCAACAUAUCAAACACACUAAGACAGUAAUCACUGAAUGAGUUUGAGAAUGGGCCUGUGUAAGUUAUAUUUUCGGGGGAACCUUUUAGGUUUUGUACAUUUUUCUAAUAAUGACAAUGGAUGGGGUGUGUGAAUUUAACGUAUGCUGUUUGGUAAAAUGAAGCCUGGCUUGGAAGCAUGCUGACAAAGCCGUUCAUAAGGACUACUCAACACUGAAAUGAUCAUAAUUUAUAUCCGUUUACAGUGAAGUGACAAAAUACGAGUAUGCUAACUUGAACGCAAUUCAGGAGGAGGCUUAUGCCGAUAAUCAGUUAUACAACAUAUGAUAAUCAACAUGCACGACAUCAUUAUUUUUCCAUUUAGGAGGAGGCCGUCUAGGCAGGCAGCACAUUUGGGCUUAUCUGUCUCAUUUGGGCUGUUUGUCUGUCUCAUUGGGAGAGAAGCAUUAGCAUUUGAAGGCAACACCAUAUCUUCUUUCUUGAAUGCAUUACAAUUUGAAAAAUAACGAUCUGUAGCUCUGAAGUGGCUUUUUGAUUAAAUGCUACUUAAUAAGAAAAGGUCCUUCUAAACAUUAAGUCAUUUUUAUAUACUGGGUUAAUGUCAUAAACUGUGACAACAUGUUGAAAAUUUAUUAUCGGCACAUGCCUGUAUAGCAUACUCAACUCCAGAUCAAGCCAUUUAGCUGAGGGUCAGUGGAAUUCCCUUUAUUCUGAAAUGUGACUGCCUUUGGCCACUACUUAAUGUCGACUUCCCUUGCUCUUCUAUUGUCUUGAGCCAUGUCAGUUAGCAUAUUUAACCAUAACUGCAUGUUACCAAGUGCCUCAGCCAAAAUCACAAAGAUUGUCUUGACGCAGCACACAAUCAUGAAUAAUGCGUAGCAGAUCAAACAAUAAUGUCUUGACUGAAUGAAACUGCAACUGUGCUAUGUUUAUCCUGCAUCUUCUUAUGCAUAAUAAAGUUAAUGAUGAUUUUAA